AUGCGGGAAGCUUUCACCGGUCUCCCAGCUCUUGUUACACGAAUCGCCCGCAAGGCUCCACAAGUCGUCGAGAACGUUAUAAAUGCUCGAGGCAAUCCGCUGGAUAUCGACUGGGACACAGCGCCAUCUCCAGAAGACGGCCCUCUCUUAUCAGCUAGAGCACUUCGCGACAAGUCCUUCCUUCCUGCUGAAAUAGGUGGAAUCGUUGGCGCAUACGUAUUCGUGGUGGUCACCAUCCUUCUCGCCCUAUUCUUCGUUCGACGCGGACGCCGACUUCGCAAAGCAAGAGAACUCGCAGCACAGAAUGAUGUUGAGAUGCUAGUUGGACACGUUAUAAACCCCGCCGCAUAUUAUCCAUCUCCAAUCUCGCUCACUUCGGCCGCCACAGCCUUUCGCACCGCUGCGCGGCCAGCUGCCGAGAAGACCCAGAAUCCCUACGUCUUCCCCUCUCAAAACUGCUCUCCCGCCUCGCCCGGGACCAACCCAGGAGUCGAUUCGCGAAUUAUACAAGCAGAUCGCGAGCUUUUAAAUCGCGGACUCGAGGACCUAUACGCGCAUGUUAUGGAACAGGAGGAAGCUAAAGCAGCCGGACUCAACAUAGCAGAUAUGCCUGCCCCAACCCCUCUUCCAUCUGCCUCGCCUCAGAGGCAAAGCACUGCCUCCAGCAAGCUCCUGGAGAAGCUCAAGCCGGCCAAUCUGAGCAGCACCGAGAAAACACACUCGCGCGCAGCGUCCUUGAUCUCGUCCCUCAAAUCGCCGAAGCGUAAGGGCAUCCGUGGAAUGAAGAUCAGCUCUCCAAUGGCCACGCCUCUCUCUGCAACCUUCCCCGCAACAUAUGCGUCGGAUGAGGAGCCACUUAGCCCUCGCCACCACCAGCUUCCACCUCCACCUCCGGUUCCUGAAGGUCAAAUGCCCUAUCAGUACCAUUCCCGUAACAACUCCAGCGUGCAAACUGCAGAUCCGUCACCCAUCUCGCCGGCACGAUCAAUUGCAGAAAACCUCGCUUCAGCUUCAAUGGGGCCACCACCUAACAACAGGCCGGUUGCUACGAACCGUCCUUUGAACUUGACGAUCCCCGGUCCCGUUUCCGUGAACCCUUCGUCGGCAACCUCAUCUACACGACAGCUUCCCUUCAGAGCGUUUGACCCACCUCCCGGACUUUCUUCACCGUCAUUCUCAUAUUCUACCAAGACAACGGUCCUGGAACGGACUACGCCGCUGUCGCCAGGGUUAAGAACUCCGUGGUCUGCUGGAGCAACACCAUAUAGCCCCUACCAACCGUUCACUCCUCUGGUGCCAAUCACACCACGACUGAUCACGCGGGAAGAUCGCAAGGCGAUGAAGAAGAUGGAGCCGAAAUCUCGUGUUAUGGAGAUGGUGAAGGACAAAGACGAUCUCUGGGAUAGUGGGUAUUAG